AUGUCGACCCACGAAGAGGAGCACGAGGCAAAGUUGUCGCCAGACAGCAUGAACCCAUCAAGACGUGUCAGUGAUGAAGAGAAAGCCCAGGAAUCUCCUCAGUCGUUUCUCGUGGAUUGGGAUGGCGACAAAGACCCCCUUGACCCGCGCACCUUCUCUACCGCGAGAAAAUGGUUCUACGUGACUGUAGUGGCUGUGGGUUCUCUCUUGGUUACUUGCACCUCUUCCCUGUACAGCUUGACCUAUGACCAGCUCAUGGCCAGAUUUGGUUGCUCUCUCGAAAUCUGCAACCUUGGGCUGUCGCUCUUCCUCAUCGGCCUGUCCCUGGGACCUCUUCUCUUCAGCCCAUUGUCAGAGUUCUACGGAAGGCGUCCAAUCUACAUUACCGCGAUCUUUUUCUUCCUUAUCUGGUUGAUCCCGUGCGCCGCUGCCCAGAACAUUCAGACUCUCCUUGUAGGGCGUUUCCUGAAUGGUCUUGCUGGAAGCGCAUUCCUUGCUGUCGCUGCCGGAACUGUCGUCGACAUGUUCGUCCCUGCGCAACUCCUGAUCCCUAUGACGGUCUUUACUGGAGCUCCUUUCGUGGGCCCGGCUCUUGGUCCCAUCAUGGGAGGUUUCAUAAACUCGUUCACAAAUUGGCGCUGGUGCUUCUAUGUCCAGAUCAUCUGGGCUGCCGUCGUCUUCCUCUGCGUCCUCAUCACUCCGGAGACAUUCCAUCCGGUUCUCCUCAGCAGGAAAGCAGCCAAGCUCCGCAAAGACACCGGCGACAAUAGAUACUACUCCGCCUCUGAGAAAGCACGUGCCGGAAAAACCCUCACUGGUGCCAUCUUGGAGUCCCUCUACGUCCCAUUCAAGCUCCUGUUCUUGGAUCCGAUGAUUGCCGUUCUCAGCACAUACACCGCCCUCCUGCAAGCGAUCCUAUACAUGUGUUUCUCCGCCUUCCCCUUGGUCUUCGGCAACAACCACGGCUUCAAUCUGUGGCAGAUCGGUCUGACCUUCCUCGGUCUGGCGGUGGGAAACGUGAUUGCUUGCUUUUGCAAUCCGCUCUGGCACAAGCAGUGGAUGGGAUCGAUCGCGAAAGAGAAGGCCAAGCACGGAGCAGACUACAAGCCUCAACCUGAGCUCAGACUCCCGCCUGCCAUAGUAGGAGGCCCAAUGCUAACCGCAGCAUUGUUCUGGUUCGCCUGGACGACUUACUCUUCAGUCCAUUGGAUCGUGCCCAUCAUUGCCACCGUAUUCUUCAGCACUUCCUUCUUUUUCCUCUUUCAGGGGAUCUGGACGUUCCUAGUUGCCGCGUACCCCAAGUAUGCCGCCAGUGUCAUGGCUGUCAAUACCACUACACGCUGUCUCGCCGCGGCGGCUUUCCCGCUGUUCACGGUUCAGAUGUAUAACAACCUCGACUACCAAUGGGCUUCGUCUUUGAUUGCUUUCUUGACCUUGGCAAUGGCGCCGUUCCCGUACGUGCCAUCAUACUCCGAGAUGUUCGGCGAAGCAGAUUGCUGA